AGCCUGGCAGUACCAAGAACCAGGGCUGAUCGGCAAGUACCUCUUUCUCGACUACGGCUAUUUGACUGCAGGAUGGAUGAAUGCCCCUCACUGUGGAACCGAGCCUCUGCUGCCGCCACCCUCCCCUCCUCCACCACCACCACCUUCGCCUGUUUCCAAAGGGGCUGCCCAAUCCCUCUCCCCAGUGCCCGCAGCAGUCUCAGCUGCCCUUGUCCUUGCCGCCUCCACCGCCCUGCUUGCUCUCACUCUCCUGUAG